UGAUGGGAUUCGAGGACAAUGCAAUCUUGGCCCAUCGGGCCUUAGAGAAUGGGGCUUACCUCUAUAUGACUCAACCGAUAACUAAGGAAUCGGCCGAUUGUCUUUGGCAAUGCGUGAUGAGGGAAAAGCUGCGUUUGGCAGAGUAUAGGGAUCCGGGCCAGCUGGCGUCCGAAAACCUAAACGAGGAGUCGAAAAUGAUUGAUAGUGAGAAAGUUUUUGGGCUUAAGGAGGAAGCUUACGAGUCGUCGUUUGUUGGCAAUGUUAAGAGGAAAGUUUGCACCGAGUGGACUCAAGAGCUCCACGACAAGUUUUUGUUUGCGGUCGAGGUGCUUGGCGAAGGGAGGUGCUUUCCGAAGGACAUUCUCGAUCUCAUGAACGUGCCGGGACUUACUCGAAUGCAAGUGGCAAGCCACCUGCAGAAAUGCCGUAACGCCAGUUGGCGUUCCCCUGAGGAGCGGAAGUCCGACUCGGUCCCACUCUCUGGCUCAGGCCACUCGGGCCCGAGCAAGCCGAGGCGCUUUGGGUCCAUGCCCAAGGUGGCUAGGAGGGCAGCCUCCAAUGAGUCGGUCCAUGGAGGAGGAAGCCACACUGCUGCAGCCACUCUGUUUCUGGGGGCAGGGGAAGGGUCGAAAACUGGGCCCGAGGCCCAAAAUGUGGAGCACGUUCUUGACAAUCUUUCUUCGUACAAUCGGGGUUACGGGCCGAUUGCGCCACUGCCUGUUAACGGGCCUACUGCUGUUUCUGAGGAUUUGUUGCUCAGCUUCAAUGAGAUGGACUGCUUAGUCCACAACUACACGGGCCUGCCAGCCCAUGUGGUGGCGGCAAUGGUGGGCGACAAUGUGGGUGGGCCGAGUCAUUUCGACCCGGUUUGGGCCCACACUCAUUUUGACCAGUGGUCCCAGGCUGACGGGACGCCAACAAAUUUCGGGAGCGAGCAGGAUUCGGAGGCGAGGUCGGGUUUUUGA